AUGACAGCCCCCAUCACCCUGUCCUCGCUGGACGACCUCUCGACGCACCUCCUUCCCUCCACCCCGGCCGGAUAUCUACGAUACCUCCUCAUAACGACAUUGCGGCGGAAGGGAUUCGACGGCGCAGAAGCGGGUGCGCUAGGGGAAAUGGAGAGGCUGGUAGAGAGCCAUAUUCAGCGCCUCUUCGAGACGGCGUCAGAGUAUGCGGAGCACGCUGGUAGACAAGCUCCGAAUGCGGUGGAUGCGCUGGUAGCUCAAGACGAGGUCAUGGCGACGAAGAAGCUGAGAAGGGAGAGCAAGCGAAGACGAACAGCAAUACGUCUGGAGACAGCACCUGAACCAUCAUCACGGCCUCAACGUACGACCCUGGACCUGCUCGUCGACUUCGCAGCGGAUCAGACGCUAGAUCAGCCCCGCGACCAAGUGGACUCGGAUCACAUGGACCAGAAACCAGACACGGAGAGUCUCCACAGCUAUACGACUGGUGGAGGAGCGUCAAAAGGCGCGGUACGGAAGGGAGAAGUCCCAUCGUAUGCCUUUGACUGGGCGCCUGGAUUGCCCGGGACGUGGAUGUACGGUACCCCUCAUAUGAACGAGACGCCCCGCCCACCAGAUAUCGAACCAGCACCGAAAGUCACAUCCGGCUCUAUGGACUUUGUCAAAUCCACCACGGUCGUCGGGGAGAACAUCCCGCCAGAGCUGGGGAUCGUCCAUUUCCUUAAGACGGGCGAUAGGAGCAAGCGGCGGCGUGCGGGAUUGAGUGCGAGCGCCGUCGGAACGGGCAUAGUCGGACCCGGAGGGGAGAUGUAG